AUGGAUAACAGUGAAUAUUCUGAGACAAAUGAUGACUUGGAACAAACUUUUGCAGCACUCGGCGAUCCUUUGAUUAAAGGUCUGACCGAAGUGGCUAAUAUCAAACCUAAAGAUCCUGUAGCAUUUCUUGCGACUUUUCUACACAAUUUUCCUGAACAUGAGAAGCCCCGACCUGAAACACAGGAAUCAAAUGUAUUAGUGACAAAAGAAGCUGCUGAAUUUGAAAACGAUCAUCCACCAUACGCAGAAGAAAUGGAAGAUAAUAACGAAGAUUCGUCAUCAAUGAAAGAACAAAAUCGGUAUCGCACCGCCACAAAACCGCGCCCCAUCGACGUCAUAACUGUCGAUCCUCAUACUGAUACUAGUCCGGAUGCACCAGAAAUCGCCAGCAGUAGUGCAAAUAGGGAUGAACACGGUCAAUCAAUGUUGCAUUUCGCUGCCGCUCGAACACAUACAAACAAUGCUCUGUUUCAACUUUUGCAAGAAUCUGAAGUGAGUCUCGGUUAUAGAGACGAGCUGUAUCGGACAGCACGAGACGUCUCCAUACAAGCAAAUGUACUAGAAAAUACUGUGGAGAUAGACAGAUGGGUACUUUCUUUGGCUGCAAGAGGUAAAACAGACAAAAUCAUGGAAUUGCUUCUUCAAGGCUACGAUCAUAUAUUGGAUAUAGUGGAUGAAGAAGGAGUGCCCAUGUUGGAAGUGGUUGGCCAACGCGGUGAUGAUAGCAUGAACAAUUUACUCGCCUCCAUUCCACCCUUCGAGGAAUCUCGUGAAUCUCUCCAUGGAGCGAUUCGUCGUGGAGAUAUGAAUGUUGUCCGUGAAAUAAUAUCUGGUGAACGUGGACAUACCCUAGCACGAGCUCACAACGCACUUGGUCGCACUUCCCUCCACGUGGCUGUUUUGGCACAACAUGAAGAUGUUGUAGAUUACCUUUCGGAGACAUGCCCUGAGCUGCUGCGGGUCGGGGAUAAUUUGGAAAGAACACCAUUACAUUAUGCAAUGGGAAUGGAGAAAAUGGAGUCUCUAAGUCGUAUUCUUAUUAAAGCGGGCGCUAAGCGCGUACUUAAGGAUCUCAAGGGCCGUCAACCUUCUUAUUAUUUCAUGAACAAGUCAGAUAUACUACGAUUGAAGGAAGAAGAAGAAGCCUAUUAA